AUGGGGGCGGUAAGUCGACAUUUAGGUGGGAAUUCGCCCGUUAGGACCGUCUGGUGUUCUUUUUAAAAGAGUGAGAGGAUGCAACACUGCCUAGUAUCUAGCAGAAUUUGGGAGGAAUUUGAGAAGUUGAAGGGGACGUGAACGCUAGUGCAUCAGCAAAUGAAUUCGAUAAUAAUACAACUUCUGUCUGGUAGAUCCUUCUAGCUCAUUUCCCAUCUUAAGAAAGGUUAUCUUGCAGGCGAAUGCUAGUCUACGGGGUCUAUAGUGAAAUUGGUGGUCGCGCCGUUGCGAGUGUUUGACCGUGCCCACACCAAUAUCAGCAUCAUGUCCCUUGCUAUCGUAUUGGUACCCCCCCUCCCCCCACGGAGGUACAAGUGGUUGGAAGGAGGUAGGAGGGAGAGGGGGAGGGUAGCGAGCACUAGUUCUAGGAUUUUUGAUUUCAUUUUGAGAGCGUACGCUGGCCCCAGUGCUCAGCCCACGAUAACAUCACAAACAUACAUAGCACACUAGAUCUACCUUGGCUGUUGGAUUAGUUGGUGAUUUCAGAUGUUGCCAGUGCUUAAGGUGUGCUUUGUUAGAUCGUCAUUUCAACCGACGAGCCCUUUUUUAUCUCCCCUAUCCAGCUUUACCACCCAAGUAUAGAGCUCAUGAAUUAAUCCAGUCACUGCGGUGCCAUAAGACAAAUCUUAAGAUUCUUCCGGUUACCAGGGGGCCGCAUUUGCUGUUGUCAUCUCCCUCGUUACGCCUGAGUGGAAUUGUUAGAUCUCCACUUUAAGGGGGUGUCGCCCACUCCACCUGCUCUCGUCUUGCCUUUGUAUUUUCAAUGGGAAAUGGCGGAUGGGACAGGAGAGAAUGCGGUAGAUCCCGUGCAAGUCAGCCUCACCAAACUAAUUUAUAUGCAGGUUGCCUCUAUUGGGCCACAGAAAGGCCGUUUCACAACGAACUUUUGUGCGUUAGUCGAUAGCGAGUAUAUGAGUGUAUACCGGAACGACAGACACUGACUGUGUCGGUCUUGGCAAUCAAUGGUGUGCUUCCCACACGACCAGCGUUUGAUAAAUACGCUGUGACCAGACAGUCGCAUAUCUAUUACCUGGGUCAGGCGGAUAAGCACAGCAGAGAGAGGAGUAAGCGGGCACUCCUUGGCUCCUGAUUUCCCAAAAGUCCUUGUUAGGGAACCGAAUUUCGCUUAGACAUUAAUUGUCUGCAUUGCACCACCACCACCACCACCACCACCACCACCACCACCACCACCACCACCUUAGCUGUCGAACUGUCAGCCGUAUGGGUCUAGGACUGUACGCCUGCACUGCUUCGAACUUCUCAAACGUUUCAUUUACUCCGCCACUGCCAGUGUUUUUUAGUGACGGCUUAUCGGCCACUUCUUUGAGCAUCGUCCUUCGAUGUAUCAUCAUUUCUCUUUGCGUUAUAGUAAACCAAUUUCAAUGACACUGCACAAAACCCCGGUAAAAACGCGCCUUAUACGUAUUCAUCACCCUAGUCAAAGUUCAGAAUAUUUAAAUUUCCUUCAACACCAUAUGACAUCAUCUUUUUACGACUAUUUUAGGAUCCCGAGACAUGUUCAUUCGAUGCCUCGGCGUUGGAGCGCCUUUACGUCCACGAGGUAAGUAGUCUCCGGCGUUUACAGUGGCUCGUCCUUUCGUCAGGAAUGCCAAAAUACAAGCUUGUCUUCCUAGGUUAGAAGCAGGCCCUAUUGCUUAGUGUCAUAAAUAUAAACUUAUCUUGUUUCGAUGUAAUCUCGAAGUUUUGAGAUCUUUAUCACAAUAAAAUUGAUUAUGAGCAGUUUACAGUUGCCAGUUGACUAAGCUAUAACUUAAUUCAUUUUAUCAGGGUUAAGGGUUCGGCCCGGCCAGUCAUCCAUACAGAAUAAGAUUACAUUCUCUCCGGGGUCUUUCCCUUUUGCCAAGACCGUGGUGUCACACUCUGACCUUUCGUAGCUUCACAAUGCUGUCCACGUACGUACGGCGCUGACUUGAUUCACCAAACGUCCCGUUUCCUCCUUCAAGGUCUACGACAAAAUUGCGGAUAGCUUUAGUGACUCUCGCUACGCCCCUUGGCCAGGAGUAAUGCGCUUUCUGGAAGCCCAGCCAGAAGGUGCUUGGGGGGCGGAUGUGGGCUGUGGAAACGGCAAAUACCUUUUGGCUCUCCACAAGGCGAGAACCCCUCUUUUGCCGUUGCUAGCUUCCGACGCUAGUGUCAACUUGGCUCGAACCGUUCGUCGCCGAGGUAUUUACCACUGUCUCUGUGAUAUUAAAAUACUUAAAGGAUCAUAAUCUGUCAUUACCCCUUUUUCUAUUGGUCUGUCUCCACCAUAAGGUGCUUUCUUCCGUUCUUUUAUUGUCUUCGGAAUCCAGCUGGCAUUCUUUUUUCCCAUGAUCUCAUAGUACUAGUACUCCUGUUCUCUAUGUGACCCUUUUUUCGUCCUCUGGCGUUUUCCAUGCUGAGGAGACAUGACUGGUUUCGAUCCCAUUUUUAGGGGUAUUUUUUCGACUUCCUCCCAGCAACACGCGAACUACUCUAAAUCAUUCCUAUAACCCAAAUUUUAAAUGCGUCUGUUGGAGCAAACGCCACACUAUCAGAGGCAGGCUGCCAAAGAGAGAGAGAGAGAAGCCAGCCUUUGUAGGGUAUUCAUUAAUGCGAGAAUAGGCGCGCGUCCAUCUGUAUCGCACAUUUUCCAAACAGACAAGCGCCAAGUGUGCUGACAAAAAUAACGGACAGGCGACGACCUGUUAAGCUGCCGAGCGACCAUGCAGGCAAAAAUUAUACACCAGUCAGUCUUCCGAGCUUCUAGAAAAGUUAACAGCAAAUAUCAGGGGAACUAGAUCAGUUAUUUCGGACCUGCCUACAGUGGUUAGUCAGCCACGAGUCAAACCCGAACCCUCUGUGCUUACUCGAUUGAGCCGCGAACUCACGCCGUCCACUGCGAUCAGGAAUGUUCAGUCACAUGGAAGUGUCGUUCUGGCAUGUGUCUUGCUUUCAGGGCGGAAUACAGUCACUCUCUUUUGCUGCGGAGCUCUUAUAUGAAUCCCGCGACGAAGUAAGACGCCUCCGUGUUCCGUUCCAAGAUUCAAAUUGAUCGGCGAAUGCCAGACUGUGACAAACCUGCUGUUCCAACUUGAUGUUUCCUCAGGACUCUCACUUUGCCCUUCCAUUGCUCGAGGUUUUGAUGUCGUCGUCGCCAACCUCCUCGCCCUACCUUAUCGGUCCGGAAUCUUGGACUUUUUUAUUUGUAUCGCUGUGCUUCAUCAUCUAUCAACUCCGGAGCGCCGCGUUGAUGGUAUACGCAAACUGGCCGAUCUGCUGCGCGUUGGCGGUCAAGGUCUCAUACAGGUUGGUGCGUCAUGUCCAAAUAUGUACACAUAAAACGUUACUAUUAGUGAAUAAGUAGGUAGUUUUUUUCGUAAUUAAUUCCUCCGGGCCAACUUCACUUACACAUGAGUAGUUUCAAGAUAUACUUUCCAUACUUGAGGUCUGGGCGAAGAAACAGGAUUGGAAAGGCAAAAAGGCAGCUUAUAUUCAAAAGAAAAGAAUCCAACCGUUAACAACGGAGACAAGUGCUGGUAAUUCGUUGGAGUCCGACACAGGCCACACCGUGAAGCCUGUUUUUGAAGGGCUGACUCUUCCCAUACAGAAACCUCGCACUCCCUUCGUCGCUUCCGAUGUUCUGUUGCCCUGGAAAGCCAAAGAAAACAGAAGCACAGCUCCAGGUAUGCGUUUUAUAUCAUAUGCAGCUUUCAAGGGGCGUCUCAUUGGCCAAAGUAGUCAACCUCUAGUCAGCGGUUUGAAGUGGCAACCAUAUGUGUUUUACUAUGUGGCUGGUUCUCAUCCUUGCUCUUAUCCGUCCACUUCCAGCUUGACAAGUGCUUCAUUCAAUGCCGCUCACCCUCAUAAGGCAGAAAUGAGUUCACGAUCGAAAUACCAAAGACGCAGAUAACUGUUUCUUGGUCCGCACACUUGACCGUAAUAAAAUCCUCUGAAAUACCUGCUUAUUUGUCCGUGAUGAGAAACUAUCGACAAGAAUUGCACCAUACCAUCUCCCUGGCUAUUUUUCCGCCUGUAGAAAUGAGCGUUAGUGGCAUACUUGUGGUCCUGAGGAAUUUUGAAUUGCCAAUUGCUAUUAAGGAGGUGACUCCGAGUUUCCAGUGCCUUCGCGGCGCUCUGAGCUUGUGA